AUGUCUAGUGCAGUUCCACAGGUGCUAGUCCACCAACCUUCUACAGAUCAGAUACCAAACGUACAGGAACAAAGACCACAACUCCACCAUAAUAUAACUUCUCCCGACAUUAGUUAUCAUGGACCACCAACACCUCAAGGUUCUAGUACUGAUAUAAACAGAACGAGCUCUGCAAGCAGAGACUCACGCGACAACUCAGAAGAAGCAUAUAAGCUAUUGAAUGACCUCACCAAUAGACAAUCUUCAAAUUAUCGAUAUGUCAAAUUUAAUCCACCCAUUAUAACAAAUAACGGCGAACAGCAGCAACAACAGCAAGAACAACAACAACAGCAAGAACAGCAGCAAGAACCACCACCACCACCACCACAAACAAAAGAAUAUGUCAAACAGGUUUCUUUUGAUGAUGUCAAUAUUGAAUACGACGAUGAUGAACCAGACUCUGAUGACGACGUGGGCUGGGAAUUGUACAAAGCCAAACAUGGACGAGGCAAGCCACUUCGUGGAUACUCUAGAGGCCGGCAGCUAUCCCCUGGACCUGGAAGAAUCUCUCCAGUAGCUUCACCUCGAAGAGGUUCAACAUACGAAGAAACCGAUAGGUUUGACUAUGCAGAGUUGAAAAAACUUGAAAAAGAAUUGCUUCGAUACCCAACAACUCCAAUCAGUACGCUUCGAUGCUGCUCUAUAUCGAGACGCCAUAGGCUAUACCAACAAUUGUACAAGGGAAAAUUGUAUCCAUUGUUACCAGUAUUGCCACAUAGAACUAUUCUUGUAUUUAUUAGUGCAAGGGUCCACACUUGGGUUGCACUCGAUUGGGCAUUGAACAAAUUGAUUGAAAAUGGUGAUAGAAUCAUUGUUUGCGCCACACUAAACUCAACCAUCUUGGAGGAAGAGGAAAGAAGGAGAAAAAGACAACUUUCAAGAUCACAAUCUCGAUCAUCAUAUGUCGACCCAUACGAGAGGUACAAACUAAGGAGCAGACCUGAAAACAUAGCCAACAUUGCUCAAAAUAUUAUGGAUUAUUGUAUGCAGGUGAUAAACCCCGAAAAGAUAGCCAAGAUUAGGGUUGAGUUGGUUGCAGGAACAACCAAAAAUGUUUUGAGGGAUAUGUACAAGCUUUAUGAACCCAAUUUGGUGUGCACCGGCACAAAGCCAAACCUCAGUGUUGGCGCACCAUUAAGAUCAUGGACCUCAUCCAAAUUGACCGAUAGAUUGGUCAAGAAUUUCCCAUUACCCGUUAUUGUGGUUCCGGCUGUUAAUAUGUGUGAUUUUGAGUACUCGUUGCAGAGCAGAAUCAAUGGCGAGUCAAUCAGUAAGACAGUACAAGCUGUGGAAAAUGACCGUGGUAUUGAAGAAGAACAGUUUGCAACUGAUGAAGGUGCAGUUCAUGUUGACGGAGACGAGGAUGAGGACCUUCGUAGUGUGAACUCUUCGGACGCAUCUUUGUCAGAUAAUGAGUCCAUGAGAUCGUACAGCUCAUACCAGGAGAUUGAGCACGUUUAUAAGAAUGCUCGUGACGAUAUUUCAAGAAAGCUCAACACUUUGGAGCACCAGCCAAUUGAUGCUGACUAUUAUGCUAAUAUGGCACGAGCCAUUUCCGAUAAUUCAAUCAAUUUAUGUAGUGACAUCAUCAGCAUUCAGCCUAAUUUCACCGGGAAAGGUGCCAAGUUGGCACGUAUGAUUACCGGAUCGAAUAAUUUUGGUGGAAGCUUUUACAAGACAAAGUCAAUGCUAGCCCCAACAGAAGAGGAGGAAAACAGAAGAAAGAAUACUGCAAACUCUAGUGGCUCUACAACACCCAAAGAACAUAAGCUCUCGUUUAAGGAAGUACAAGCUCAAUUGAAGCGCAACAAGUUGAAUGGAAAUGCCAGUCCCACGCCUAGCGGUGGCAGUCAAAGUCCCACACGCAGUAGCGGUGGUGGUAUUGGUAUUGGGGGUGCCAAUUUAGGAGCAGAGGAUCACUCAUCUCCACCACCUGCACAAAGCUUGAAAUGGGGUGGUUUAGAGAGGCCAUCAAAGGAGAGAGGUGGAUAUACGAAUCAACAUGCCUUGGCCAAAUGUUUGAGCGAUGACGUUGACUUUAAGCACAAAAAUGGUAGUAGAAACAGUUUUGAUAAGAUGAAAUUAGAGCCACAAAAGAGUCUUCCACACAACUCUAAGCCAGGUUCGAAUGGUGAUGGAGGUAUGAGCAAAUGGAAGAAAUUUAAGACAUUGUUCAAGGGUGAUUAA